AUGUGUGCGUGUGCAGUGUUUGCAUUGCUAGAGCUGGUGGUGAAGAUCAUCGGUGUGGCCGCCCUCAUCUCGUUUGCGUCAUGUCAGUUACCCACAAACCUCCAGCGUGCACAAAUGCUUGAGGCUCAUCUGCGGGUUCGGGAGGAUGUAUGGCCUCCUGCCAGUAAUAUGCUGCUGAUGGAGUACUCCCUGGAGAUGGAACAACUUGCGGCUCAAUGGGCCAGUCGGUGUGAGUUUGAGCACCCAAACUCGAAGGUUUUCCCGCAGUACCACUGGGUCGGUCAGAAUCUUGCAAUCUUCGGCGGCUUUACGCCAACAUUCACCGAAGCUGUUUGUGGCUAUAACGCAGAGCGAAAAUUCUAUCACUACUUUAACAACAGUUGCACCGGUGUUUGUGGCCACUAUACGCAGGUAAGGAGGACAGCACAUAUUUAUGCCACCCACGUCGCGAAACACUUGCAUGGAGUCGAGCAGUACAUGUGCGCCUGCUUGAUGAAAAGUGCAAAGUGGAGAGACCUGGGCAAAUGA